AUGGCUACCAGAAAUGUAACUUGUACCACUCCGUACACAGAUUUAAUUUAUCUCUCACAGCUUCAGUUGCUAAUUUUAAUCGUUACAAACGUAAUAAUCGCUGUAUGGAUUCUAGUCGUCAACAUUUUCGUCAUCUAUGGAAUCAUCAAAACAAAACAGCUUCAUAACAAAUCCUUUCGACUCAUAUUUUACUUGAGCAUAUCAGAUUGUUGCAUGGCUAUUAUUCCACAAUCAUUUCUUACUUUCAUACUCGCGCAUGACGUCAUACUAUGCCAAGUUGCAUACGCUUCGUCGUUUACCGCAUCAGUGUUUACUCAUACUUCUCUUUACAUUACUUGUGGUAUCGCAUUUGAUCGGUAUUUACGCAUGCGCUAUUUACAAAAUUAUGAUCACGUGGUUGGCAACCGUAGAUUCCGCGUACUUCUUUUCGUUAUUUUGUUGUUGGCUAUGCUCCCAGGGUUUCUUUAUGUAGUUGGGAUAUACUUCGAUGCCGUGAACAUUGCAGACAGAAUUGGAAUCGUCUUAGACAUACUUGUUGGAUCAAGCACGUUUGUUAUUUACCUGCGGACCCUACGAGCUGUUCGAAGCCACAGAAGAAACUCAAGUUUCCGAAAUGUAUUUGUGUCUGUUGAUAAAAUCAUGACCAAGGUUGUUAAAAGAAUUCUUUUGGCUAUCAUUUUCAUAUUUGUACCAUAUAUGGUAUUCUUUCUGUUAUAUGUAAUUUUAAUUGGUUACUUGGAGGGUCGGAUAAGAAGCUGGCUUUUGUUCUGCAUGGUACUUAGUUAUAUCUUCACGUACGCUAACUCGUUAAUCAAUGCUAUCAUCUUUAUUUUUGCAAAUAAAAAAUUGACCGGUCUUUUAGACACCCUUCUUCGUAGCGACAAAAGUAAUGCUAGCUCCACUACUUCGACAAAGACCAUGAGCGAUAUGAGACAUAAAACAAAAAGUAAUAAUACAAAAAUGAGUGAAGAGCUACCAACUUAA